GGAGCGAGCUCUGUUUCCUGCGACAUGCUCUCCGACAUUUUGUUUGUUUUUGACCUGAAACUGCAGCCUCUUGUUUCCAAAAGAUGAACAAGAUGGCAAUGAGAGUCUUCGUUAUUUUGGCACUUUGUUGGGCGAAAAGCGCAAAUGCAGCACGCCACUCCCUCACCUACAUUACAACUGCAUCAUCUGGAGUUACGAGCUUCCCAGAGUAUGUGGAGGUUGGUUUGGUGGACGGUGUUGUGAUCUAUCGCUACGACAGCAACAACAGGAAAGCAGAGCCCAGACAGGACUGGAUGUCUCAACUCAGUUCUGCUGAUCCGGAAUAUUUAGAGUUCAACACAUGGAGGUGCAAGACAAACCAGAAGCGCGCCAAGGAUAAAGUUAACUAUCUUACAGAGAGAUUCAACCACACUGGAGGUGUCCACAUUGUCCAGUGGAUUUACGGCUGUGAGUGGGAUGAUGACGAGACUGUAAAGGUCAGAGGUCAUUAUCAGCUCGCGUAUGAUGGAGAAGACUUUCUGUCGUUGGACCUGGAGACUCAGACAUGGGUCGCUGCAAAACAGCUGGCGGGCAACUUAAAAGACCCGUGGAACAAUGAUCAAGAGAUUACCGAAUAUAAUGACUUCUACAUGAACCGGUACUGUCCUAAGUGGGGGAAGAAGCUUCUGGACCAGGGGAAGAGCUCCCUCCUAAGAACAGAGCUUCCAUCAGUGUCUCUCCUCCAGAGGACUCCGUCCUCUCCCAUCGUCUGCCACGCUACAGGCUUCUACCCUCCACGAGCCAAGUUGUUCUGGACCAAAGAUGGAGAGGAGCUUCACCAAGGUGUUACAAAUGGAGAGGUCCUCCCCAACCCUGAUGGAACCUACCAGAUGAGGGCCCAGCUGAAACUGCCAGACCCAUCUGAAGACUGGGAGAGGUUCACCUGUGUGUUCCACCUUGAUGGUGUAGAGGAAGCCUUGCUCACCAACCUGGACAAAGAGGCCAUUUUAACCAACAGGAAGCCGGACCAAACCAUCCCCAUCGCUGUCUCAGUGACUGCUCUUGUUCUGCUUGUCGCUGCUGCUGCUGUUAUUGGAGUGGUCAUGAGGAGAAGAGCAGGCAAAAGUGCAGAAACUGACUCCAACAGUUCUGAGGAGGUUCUGAAUCCACUGAAUCGCCUGACUAAAGCUACUGCACAUGGCAUCAGGCCUUCAGAGUCGGUGGAUCUCCUACAUGAAGCUCCAGCAUGAAGCUCCAGCAUGAAGCUCCAGCGUGAAGCAACAUGAGCAUGAAGGAAUGUCACAAGGAAAGAAGAGUGGAGCAUUGUGUGGCUGCAGCUAUCGACUAUGCUCUAAUCUUGAGCUUCAUGUGUGAAAUUUGUGUUCUACACUCACACACACAUGCACUCCAGUGUCCUCACACUCAUCAUAGUAUGUGAACACUCUCUGUCUAUGUUACCGACAGAGUGAAGCAACUACAACUACAAGGUCUGUGCUCUACUCACAUUCAAUUUAUUCAGGGAGUGCUUGGAACUUUAUACCUCACCACAUAUUUUUACAGUCAUCUGUUCAAUAGCAACGCUACAUUACACCCUCAACCUUCCAUUACUUAAAGAUUUGUAAUAAUUGAGGCGUAACUAGAAGGCAAACGGACACAGAGGGUGGAUGCAGGUGUAUUUACCAGUUGAGAAGCCGUUAACCAGCUCAGUAAGAUCUCACUGGUGCUGUAGUUUAUAUUUUCCUCAAGCUGCUCCACCUGGAUUGUUAAAAACAAAAUAAGAAACAGACUAGUUUCCGUUCUGUGAUUUGUGAAGGAAGAGGUCUAAUAUUUCCAUCUCAUGGUUUAGUCCUUUCACCUCCGUUCAACUUCAUGCCCAUGAAGACGGCACCUGAUGGAGUAUUACACACAGUUCACCUGUGAUCCCAAGAGUUUUACUUCAGUGUUAUUUGUCACAGUGCUUGGUGAACAUGUCUGUAGUUCUCACAACUGUUGUCACCCUCAUACAUAUAUUGAAUGUAACUCUUGGUGAAAAAGUGAAAUACAUGUGACCAUUUUUUCCGAUGGAAAUUUGAAGCACACAUGAAUUAGCUGUUAUCGUAUGAGUUAUAACAUUUUGGAUCUUACGAGUGAUUAGUGUGUUGCAAUCAAUAUAUUUAUACAGCAGAUAUGCUUGAGCUGUUGUCUUCUUAAGCUUCAAAAAAACAUACUGAAGGCUUUUAUAUAGGUAGGUUUUUGCUGGUUCAUUUUUGCUUUUCACACAAAUAGCAUUUCAACGAAUUUCUUGCAUCUUGAAUUGAAUAGAAUCAAGAUGUAAUGUAAUGUGUUUUGUUUCUUAAGUCAUGAAUAAAAUUCCUGUUGAAAAAAAGAAAAUCUUGUUUGUUGUGAAUGGACGUAUGUUAUAAUAAAUAUAGAUGCAAAUGGAUGUUCAAUUAAUUUUGUUCUUGUUUUGCACGAAAGAAAG